AUGGCUAAGCUUGCAGCGAAAUUUAAUUCCGGAGUAAGCUCCUCAAUCGGAUCUCCGGGAGGAGCAGUUUCAAGUGUAACUGAAAGAUUGAAGUGCCAGAAUGGAAUCAGGAUUGGCACAUGGAACGUAAAAACCAUGAGUCAGGGUGGUAAAGUUCACAAUGCAAUACAGGAGAUGACACACAUGGAAUUGAGUAUCAUGGGAGUGAGUGAGAUGCGAUGGCCAGGCUCAGGUUCACUCAACAUCCAGGAUCACCAGGUCUACUACUCCGGAACAGACGAUGGAAGACAUGAACUUGGAGUUGGAUUCAUAAUGACAAAAGAAGUUGCAAAAUGUGUUGACAAUGUUGUCCCGGUCUCAUCAAGAGUGAUACUGGUGCAACUCAAGGCAAAACCAGUCAACAUAAAUAUCAUCCAGGUCUAUGCACCAACAACUGAUGGAACAGAUGAGGAAGUCAAAGAGUUCUCCAACAGCAUUAACCAAAUAAUUGAGAAACUCAAGAGACAUGAUUUGACAAUUGUCAUGGGGGACUUCAAUGCUAAACUGGGAGAGGGCAGAACAUCGAGUCUGUGGGGCCUUUUGGACUGGGUAACCAAAACACUUGUGGAGAUGAAUUAG